AUGGCACAAUAUCCAGAAGAAGUCAUUAACCCUGGUCCAGAGGAUAACUCACUUCUGUACUUACAAACUCAACAUAUUUCGCAACAAGUUUGGAAUGAAAAUGUUUCUCGAAUCCUACACACUAGACGAGUCAUGCAUGCUAAUCGAAUGAUUGAGCCACCCAAUCAGAUACUUGAAUAUCUUAGAUUAGCUGGAUUUUAUGGUGUUGCGAGGGUAGGGCAAUUUGAUUACGACCGGAGUUUGGUCUCAGCCCUUAUUGAGAGGUGGCGUCCUGAGACUCACACAUUUCAUACUACACGUGGAGAGUGCACGAUAACAUUAGAGGAUGUUGCUAUACAGUUAGGCCUUCCUUGUGUAGGAAUGCCUGUCAUUGGGAAAACUGACUUUAAUUGGCAAGAUGUUUGUGAAUGGCUUCUAGGGGUUAGACCACCUGCAGAUAGAAUACUUGGACAACGACUACUUAUGAAUUGGUUGGAAGAGCACUUUAAUCACUUACCUGAUGAUGCAGACGAUGUACAAGUUCAACAAUUCACUCGUGCAUAUAUUCUCAGGUUGAUUGGAGGAUAUCUCAUGCCAGAUAGAUCGUGUACUAGGGUGUAUUUGAUGUACCUUCCACUACUUUAUAAUCUGGAAGAAGUUGGAAAUUUUAGUUGGGGUUCAGCAGUUUUAGCUCACCUGUAUAGAGAAUUAUGUAAUGCUACUAAUCCAACUGAAGAUGGGAUUGGAGGGUGCUUAUCAUUAUUACAUUUAUGGGCAUGGGAUCGUUUUCCUACGCUAGCACCACAACAACCUGUAUCUCCAGAUCCACAGUCUAAUAUCUACCCUCUCUUACCUCCUUUGGGUUUCAGAUGGAAAAAUGUAGGACAAAAUCCUCGUCCAAGUGUCACAUCCUUACGCCAAUAUAGGAGUCUUCUUGAUAGAAUGACGGAUGAUGACAUAAUUUGGCAGCCAUAUGAAUCUUCUGAAGUGCGCCAAUUGAUUCCAGAAUACUGCUUGGCAACACCUGAAAUUUGGCUUGCUUCAGUUCCUCUAAUAUGUUUUCAUAUUAUAGAAUGGCAUCACCCUGAUCGUGUACUAAGGCAAUUCGGUCGUCAACAACCUAUUCCUGUCAUGCCUGUUCAUUUAGGAAAUUACCAUACAAUACAACUACGUGGCAGAAUAAGCACAAAUUGGACUGAAGAAUACUCAAACUUCAUUGAAGCAUGGAAUAGAUGGCCACAUGCUGUUGUUGAUGCUCCUCUGGCACUUGGUGAACUUGAUCGAACAUCUGAGUACAUGCAAUGGUAUUGGAGACAUACAAGACGAUGGAUCCAACGUGUUAGUGGUGAUACUGGCUAUGUGGCUGACAUAGCAGAACAGUUAUAUAGGCUAACAAUUAAUUCUCGUUCAACAUGCUCUGAUUGCAUUGAUUAUCGAGAAAGAGUUGCUCGAGACCAGCGUAACAUCUUACUUGCAGUUAGAGAACAACGGUUUAAUAUGAAUUCUCAACCAGCUCCACCACCAGUUGAGCUACCCCGUCCACAAAUUCCUCGAGAUAGACCAAGCAAACGGCGAGGCGGUUACUUGUCUACUCAGCCACCAAUUGUAAAUGAAAAUUUAAAUGAACAAGAGCCUCAAAAUUUUAGUCAUUUUGAUAACAUACCAGUCUCAUCAAGCCCUAUCGCCUCUUCCAAUCCAACUCAUUUUUACCCUCAUCACAUGCCAUCAUCACCAACAUUAUCCCAUUCUGACUCACCCAAUCCUCCUCAAUUUCAGUCAUUCAUGUCCUUAUUUGAUAAUCCUGCAUUAUUUAUCGAUCAAUAUAACACUUCUUCUUUUGAGCAAGGUGGUCCAUCAAAUGAAGCAUUUGUCACCCCUCGACAAUCAAUUUCUUUAGCCGAAUCACCUUGGUUUGAUUUAAAUACGUCAACUGCGCAGACAAAUGAGACAUUAGAUCAAACUCAAGAAGUAAAUAUACAACAACGGCCACAGCGUGCGCGGAGGAGACCAAGAUGUGGCACGGGGAGUCAUUAUUUGUGA